UGUACUUGCUUCUGUCUCCUUCAGCUCUUCCUCUUGUUUUUUGUCUCUGGAUUCGAAGGCUUUUUCCUCUUCUCUUCCUCCUCCUCCUUCUUCUUGCAGCUGCCUCUGAGUCUCUGGGUUCAUGAAGAUGCCAGUGGCAUUGAUCCUGCUACUGGCAUUCACCAACCUGUUGAUAAGAGUAGCAUCCGGUGAAAGCAAUGGCAGCCCGAUAUGCGAGGAAGGAUUCAAACCUGACCCGAGGCCUCACAGCGUUUCGAUAUCGGAGUUUGGAGCGGUGGGAGACGGGAAAACGCUCAACACGGUUGCUUUUCAGAAUGCCGUUUUCUAUCUGAAGUCGUUCGCCGAUAAAGGAGGGGCUCAGCUCUACGUUCCGCCCGGGAAAUGGCUCACUGGGAGCUUCAACCUCACCAGCCACCUCACCCUCUUCUUGGAUAAAGGCGCCGUCAUUCUUGCUUCCCCGGACCCAUCGCAUUGGGACAUUGUAGAUCCGCUCCCAUCCUAUGGGAGAGGCAUCGAGCUUCCGGGAAAGAGAUACAGAAGCUUGAUCAAUGGCGAUAAUCUCCGGGACGUGGUCAUCACCGGGGAUAACGGGACUUUUGAUGGGCAAGGCUCUGUCUGGUGGGAGUGGCUCGAGUCGGGUUCCCUUAACUACACCCGACCUCAUCUCGUCGAGUUCGUCUCUUCCAAAGACAUAUUCAUUUCUAAUGUCACGUUCCGAAAUGCGCCUGCAAGCAACAUUCAUCCCGUCUAUUGCAGCCACGUCCAUAUCCGAAAGGUUUUGAUCGAAACGACCGUAGAUUCUCCUUACGUCCUCGGGGUCGUCCCAGAUUCUUCGGACAAUGUAUGUAUCGAGGACUCGACGAUCAAUACCGGUGGAAUGGAGAGAAACACAACACCCAGUGGUUGGGACGAGUACGGCAUAAGCUACAACCGACCAACGACCGCCUUAUGGAUGCGGCGGCUCAGCCUCAAGUCUCCAACCGGCUCGGGAAUCUCCUUCGGCAGUGAGAUGUCCGGCGGAAUCUCCGCCGUGACGGUCGAGGACAUCCGCAUUCACGCCUCUCUCUUCGGCGUCUCCUUCAGAACAACCAGAGGCCGGGGAGGGUCUAUCCGAAAUAUCACAAUCUCCGGCGUCGAGUUCGACGGAGUCAGCACCGCCGUCGUAGCCGACGGCCACGUCGGGACCCACCCAGAUGAUGGGUUCGACCCGGAUGCUCUCCCCGUUGUGACCCGGAUCGUGCUACGGAAUCUCACCGGAGAAGACGUGGGCUUGGCCGGAAACUUCACCGGAAUAAGAGAAUCUCCGUUCACGUCGAUAUGCUUGACGGAGGUUCAUCUGUCGCCUCGGGCUUCGUGGGUAUGCUCGUACGUAUCUGGGUUCUCGUAUGACGUGUCGCCGGAACCGUGCCCGGAGCUGAAGAGCUCCCCGUCGUGCUCCGCGGCGGAGACGAGAAUAUCCGGCGGAGAUCCGGCGGUUUUGUCGUACAGUUGGUGAUUACAUUAGAAAUGAGAAGGAGAAGAAGAAGAGAUCUUGGGUUUGUUUUCAUACGAUUGGAUUUUUUUGUUGCUGUUGUCAAUAAGUCACCAUUUGUUUCAGAAAAAAAAAAUUACGUUUAUAAGUCUUGUACAGCUUCCAUUGCUUCAUUCAAGUGUAAUAAAAUUUAUUGAUGUGAAGAAGCCAUCUGUUGGCGAUUUCGUAAAAUU